AACGAAAGUAUAUUAAUGUCUUGUUCGUUCGUAACGAUUAGGAAAAUAUUUUGCAAAAUUCGUAGUAAAUCGGUGCAAGAUUGGAAAAUAUCGGGGUGAUUCGGGUACAUUGGGCGCUGCUCCUGCUCGUGGUCGGUUUCGCGUCAGCUGGAUCGAGAAAAAUCGCCCGAAAUCGAGCCAGUGAAAAUUGGCAGUGUGUUUUCUUCCGUGGGGGCAGUUUCUUGAAAGAAGAGGAAAGUUUUCUCACUGCUGGUUUGCUCCACUAUUGAUGGUGGUAGCACUACUAUUAUAGUGGGCACCCGAAUCCGAAAGUGCAAAUAGUGGCUUAAGGCCAUGUCGAAACAUGAUAUGGUGGUGCAUUCUAUGGCAUAGUGCGGAGGCUUCGUUUGGGGAGAGAAUGUGAAAGGAACUUGGGUCACAUCCGGAAAAAGGAACUUACGAGUUGUUUGUGAACCAGUUUUCUUCACUGUCCUUCAAGGGGGGCGAAAAAACUUUCCUGGCUUAUUAAAAAAUAGUGUGCAUACGCGUAGGAGGGCAACAGUAAAAAAAGAUAGAAAAAUAGCUAUAGAAAGUCACAGAACGGAUCGAAGCAAAACAAAGCAGAGAACGAAAAAGAAAAUUAUGAAAUGAACCUUCGGAAAUGGGGUCACAAACCUUGGAAAUUUUGCGACAAGGAGUAUUGGCCAGCUUGACCGGUGGAUGGUUCUACGAUGUCCAUCAGAAUGUGUUCUGCAAUGCAGUCCAUCUGUACAUCUGGCUGUUCUUGCUGUUUAUGCCCUUCAUCAUCUAUAUGUACUUUCCGACAUCGGCAGCAGUAUGGGUCGUCUACUGUGUGUUGAUCGCGAUUAUAAUCAGUUUGUUUAAAUUCAUAAAUGUGGCCCUGCAUCGAAUGUACGACAAGGCACGGACCCUGUCGGAAACCAAUCUCAAGAAACCUGCUAAGGUACCUCGUGAAACUGCAGGUGAUGAUGAUGCAGGAAUCGAGAUGCAAAUCCUGGGAACGGUUGAGGUUGUCGAGACACCACCUGUGGAUAUGUCGUCCCGCACUUCGGUGGAACGUCACAGCGAUGAGAUCAGUUGUGCCAACAGUGCUAUUUCGAUCGAUUACCAGGAACAGGUAACCAGUACGAUCGAUUUGAAGGUGGAUGUUCAUCGGAAGAACAGCUCGGAAUCGAGUGAUAGCAAUGGAGAUGUUGCUGGGCCGUCCAGUGCAGGAGUGGGUGGAAAGUCCAUGGUUCGAGCUUCAACUAUGCAAAAUCAAUCGGCGGAAAUUACUAGUGGAGCUACUCACAAGCGAUCUCUGAGCACACCGAAUCAGGGAAAAUCUCUCGAUUUGGGAACUGAAAGUCACAGGGAUGCGCGCGGCGAGAAAGAUGUUGUUGAUGGUGAGGAAGGAGCUGUGGGAGGUGAAUCAGCGAAAGAUGGUGGUAAGAAAAAUGCAACAUUGAGGCGACAUCAGUAUAAAUCGAAACGAAAACAACGUUUCAUGAACAAUCAGCUACAUCGUCAAAUAUCUCUUGAUUCGGAGAAAAUUGGAAUGGGUAUUGCUUUCGCCGAUGAAGCAACAUCAGCAGGUGCCAAUUUACAUCGUCAUCUGAGUUCGGAAGAUCAAAAUAACAAAUCAAAUACGUCUCUCUUUCAUCACCAUCAUCAUCACCACCACCAUCAUAUGCUAGCAUUGCAAAAUCUAGAUCCAGAUCUUUACCUAGAUCAUAGUUAUACGAAGUCAGCUGUACAAUUGGCCGUUGAAAAUAUUCCUGGCGAAACCACUAGCAAAGUGUAUUUGCUGCAGCAAUCAACCCCAAUACGGCGAGACUCUAGCAGUACGAUGUCAGCUAUUCAGUUACCAACACUAGCUGGAAAUUCUUCUAGUAAAAGCAGACGUCAUUCGAAUGUAAAUUCUAAUGCUGUAACCGGAGUACGUCCAUUACCGCGGUCAUUGACCUCGGUUCGACGCAUUAAAAGCGCUGCCCUUGAAACCUGCAGCCCAUCGUCGGUGUCCAAUCUAGCUCCAACACAUCCCAAUAGCGUAGAAGUGAUUGGGAGCCAAACACUUCAAAAUCCUCAACACAUUGUGAUUCCGCCUCCCAGCAAAUGCCUCUCCAGGAAUCCGCAUUUGAAUCUGUUCCCAAAGCCCACCAUGGAGGGUUCGACGGUUUCGAAUAUAAAUCCUUCGAAUACGGAACCAGUUUAUCCAAUCGCAGAGCAGGCUGAUGAAAGUACGCCUAUCAAAAAUAUGCCUGAAAAGGUAGAGAACUUUGAACCAGACUCGGAUUCGGAAAACGCUCACGACGAAGACGAUGACGAUGAUAAUGAUGAUGAAGAUGAAGACGAUGAAGAGGAAGACGACGAUGAAGAAGCCAUCGAUAGGCUUCGAGGAGGUGUAAGUGAAGAUGAAAGUGUUCACACUAUACAUACCCACAUUCACAGGCACCAUCAUCAUCGACAUCAGUUCGGGUCUAGUUCGGCAGCUAUGAGCCGUCAGGCAUCGUUACAACACUCUCAACAGUCGAACCCACCCUCGCACUCACAAACAUCUCAAACGCCACAUGAAGAUGCUGAACAAGAUACCGAAUCUGAUCUGGACCAACCGGGCGGUCUGCAAUCGACCGAUUCUGAUACCGAAAACAAUGCAGGUUCUCGUUCGCCUUUGCUGGAGCCAAGGAAUCGAGCUCCUCUGGUGAUCGUUGAAGCCAAAAACACUUCAUGCAUCAUUCCAGCGACGAGCAGUGGGAAUACGGCUUCGAAAAUCAAUGAUAAGAUACGAAAGUCCUCGAGCAUAACCAUCGAUGAUUCACCGAUCAAACAAUCCAGCCCCUUGGAGGAAAACGGAGGUCCUUCGUCGAGUGACUGGGAACAAACGAGUGCCAGCUCCAAGGAUAUGUUGAUUUCGGUCAAGGAUCAGGGCAGCCGAAAUUCCGGAGGGAAAUGUGGCGAUGGUGAGAAGGUUCCGGGUGAUGGUGUUGCGAGUGGCGAAGCAAUAAAAAAUAUGGUAUUCGAACUGGAAUACGGGGGAUACGAUGACGAAACAUCACGAACCGAUGCGAGCCACAAGGUUCGGAAGGAAUCCGGAAAGAAGGAAUUUGAACGGGAGAAAAGUGGGUCUGUGUCAUCAGAAACAACGGUAUCGUCGAUUGCGCGGAAUUUGGGAGCGAUUCCCAAGACAUCGUCUAAUCGCAUCACUAAUCGAAGAUUAAGUGCCGAAGAAAAUUAUCCGAGCAGCAGCAGUAAGAUCUAUAAUCGGACGCUUUCACAGCGUCUGUCAGCCGAGCGUAUACCGGAAAAUGCUACUGCAACACCCUUGAUAACUUUUCUCAACUACCGCUCGGAAGUUCCCAUUCCGCCAAUUUAUCUUCCCGGGAAUAGUUCUCUUUCGGAACAACAGGCGUCCAGUUUCACGUCGUUUCGUCGACCACAAAUAUAUGGUUCGGAACGUAACUAUCGGCAGAUCCAGUGUCGACUGCGUAUGUCUCGCAGCAAACAUCCGGUGGUUUCAAUGGAACCGAACUCGGGAAUCGGACCGAGCAGUUCCCGGGACGAGGAUAAUAACAACUGUAAUUAUUGUAUAGACUCGAUUGAUAAUCCAACGACAUCCAGCCGAAGCGUGGGAGGUUCUAGUACUACGUUUCAUGAUCAAACAGAGGUGCCUUUAAAUUUGUUAGUGGACGACCCGGAACGGUGGGUCCAACUGAUUGAACGAGCAACGAUAGAAGACGUCAUUAAGGAGCGAAUAGCAAUGAGUAGAGGAGGGGGAAGCGUCGGAAUCGGAGCUUCCGGAGACAAUAAUAAUACUUCGAUAAAUUCGAGCGGGAUUGAUAAAGCGAUGGCUCCGACGGAAUACAGUUUGUCAAGUGCACAAAGUGCUAUCGAUGUGGUUCCGAGAUCAAUGUUUGGGGAACCACAGAUACGACCCAAACGGUAUUACAAGUUUCCCGUCAAUCUCUGCUGCAUAAAGGAAUUUAGCAUUUCUAUGAACCGGCUGCAACUUUUGGCGUUGUUUGAUCGUGACACAAACUGGUUCCAAGUAGCCUUGGCGAUUAUUCUCUGUACAUUGGUGUCUCUGCUUGGGUCCACUGUGCUGUAUCUGAAGUUCUACGAGGAUCUGUACGCCUUUAUUUUCUGUUUUGUCAUCGCAGGAAGCCAGUAUUCACUGUUGAAAAGUGUGCAACCUGAUGCGGCAUCCCCGAUCCAUGGGUUUAACAAAACGGUCACAUACUCCAGACCGAUCUAUUUUUGCAUUUGUUCAUCGUUGCUGCUGGGAGCGCACCAUAUGCUGCGUGAAUACCAACUCAAUCCGGAAUCCGUAAUGGAUCGCAUUACCCUUUUUGGUUUUCACAUAUCGAUCAUCGAAUUUCUCCAAUGCAUACAAAGUAUACUCUCUGUGGUCAUUCUACUGUUUCCGUUCUUGUUCAGCUUGGGAUUGUUUCCUCAAAUCAAUACAUUCGCAAUGUAUUUUCUAGAACAAAUAGAUAUGCAUAUUUUUGGAAGUAAUGCAGCUUGCAGUUUGUUGUCGUCGUUUCUGUCUGUUAUUCGAUCGUUAUUGGCCUGUACAUUGUUGUUUGGACCUGCGUAUGGCGGGCUAUCAGAAACGGGUACCCAACACGUGCUCUUUUCCAUGUUUUGUGCGUUUUUGAUAACGGUUUCGUACCAUCUGUCCCGCUGUGCUAGUGACUUUACCUACAUUUGGGCUGUGAUCAAAUCAAGUUUAAUCGUUCAUCCGGAUUACGACGAUAACAGUAAGGAAGAUUCCAAAAUGUCGACCGAUUCCGAUGAUAAAACAUCCACUGAUCCAGACAACCAUCGAUCAAGCGAUGAAAUCCAUAAGGACGUGGAUGAAGAAGCUAAUCGUGAAUCUACGAAGGAACUGGACGACCCCUUACCGAAAAAGUUACAAUACACGGUUACAUCAAGAUUGAAAAAUGAUGCAGUUGUCUGUGCUGUAUUGUCGCUUAUCAUAUUCAGCUUGCAUUGUAGCACGGUAUUUACCGUGUUGCAGCCAGACAUAAACUACGUUCUGCACACGGGAGCCUGCAUUUUGGGAUUUUUGAUUCACUAUAUAGUGCCCCAGUUGCGGAAACAUCUUCCCUGGCUGUGUAUUGCAAAACCGAUUCUGAAGGCUAAGGAAUUUGGGCUGUUUGAAGUGCAGAACUUGUCCAAGAUCAUGUGGUUCGAGACGAUGUACGUUGUUUUGUGUUUCUUCGAGCGCAAUAUCCUUUACCCGUUGAUAUUUCUGAGUGCCCUGACAGCAGAUUCCGGUGAAAUUGCUUCUAAAUUUGGUCUUACUAUGGGCACGAUCCUGGUUGUUGUCAGCGGAUUGAAAUGUGUUCGGAAUGCCUACUCAGACAUCAGUAGUCAAUACAUCGUUCUCAUUUUCACAGUUCUAUUUUUCCGGAUCGACUACAAACUUUCGAGCGAAUCUUUCUUGAUAGACUACUUUUUCGUUUCGAUUUUGUAUCGGAAAAUUACGGAAUUUUUGUUGAAGCUUCAAUUCGUAGUCACCUAUAUCGCCCCGUGGCAGAUAACCUGGGGUUCUGCAUUCCACGCUUUUGCACAGCCAUUUAGCGUUCCACAUUCGGCGAUGUUGUUCCUGCAAACUGCCAUCAGUGCUCUGCUGUCGACACCAUUGAAUCCGUUUUUAGGAAGUGCCAUAUUUCUCACCUCCUACGUGCGCCCGAUCAAGUUCUGGGAACGGGACUACAACACCCGCCGAAUCGACCAUUCCAACACUAGGCUAAGUUCCCAGCUGGAACGAGAUCUGGGGGCCGACGACAACAACCUGAAUAGCAUCUUUUACGAGCACCUAACCCGAUCGCUGCAGCACUCGUUGUGCGGGGAUCUGCUGAUGGGUCGCUGGGGCCCCGUCAGCCAGGGCGAUUGUUUCGUUCUGGCAUCGGAUUAUCUUAACUGUUUAGUCCAUAUAAUCGAACUGGGCAACGGACUUUGUACGUUUCAAAUGCGAGGUCUGGAGUUUCGAGGCACCUACUGUCAGCAACGCGAAGUGGAAGCAAUAUCUGAAGAAGUGGAGGAGAAUAUCGGUUGUUGCUGUUGUACCGUUGGCCAUCUGCCUCGGAUGUUAAGUGCCAAUGCUAUGUUCACUACUCGGUGGCUCGCCUGGCAGGUGAUGGCUUCCAAGUAUGUCCUGGAAGGGUACUCGAUCUCGGACAACUCAGCGACGGCUACGUUACAGGUUUUCGAGUUCCGGAAAGUGCUCAUUUCUUACUACGUCAAGAGUAUAAUCUAUUACGCCAUUCGUUCACCUAAGUUGGUUAAUUGGUUACAAUCGGUUGCCAUAGAAGAGGCACUAGAGCAUACCUUGGAUCGGCAGUUUGUUGAUUUGGAUCCGGUAUUCAAUCACAACCUCGACGAUGACUAUGAUUUUCGGGCGGCAGGAAUUACGAGGGCAAGUUUUUGGAACGUCUAUGGCGAGUGGAUUCAAUUUUGCUGCGAAAAAAGACGGCAGCAAAUGCAAGCGGCGAUAAAUGAAAAGUCGACUCCGAAAAAAGGAACUGCAAAUAGUAGUGGACCUUCGGGUACCGGGGCUUCUGCGGUAGGAGCUUCAACAUCCACCAUUCCAAACAGUGGCGUUAUGCUGAGAUCAGCUAAUGAGUUAAACCAUAGGGAGCAAGGGGGUGGCGAUGCUGAUGGUCCCAAGCAACCAGCGGAAGGAGAAUCUAGUACCAACAAUGGUCCUACAAUGUUUAAUGCAGGAAAUAACGGGGGAAAUGUCAACUCAAAUCAGUCGUUUUUUAGUUCGAACCGAGAGUCACUGGUCACUUCGCUCUGCAUGGCGUUGGCUCUUCUAGCUCGUAGAACCCUGGCCACAGCCAGCCACAGUUCGUCAUGCGGUGUCGAGUUUUUUCUACACGGUUUGCACGCUCUUUUCAAGGGCGACUUCCGAAUCACCUCGACCAGAGAUGAGUGGGUUUUUGCGGAUAUGGAACUGCUCCACGGAGUUGUAGCGCCUGCAGUUCGAAUGUCACUCAAACUACACCAGGACCAUUUUCUCUGCCCGGAUGAGUACGAUGACUACAGUGCUCUGUUCACUGCGAUCGAUUAUCACACCAAAGAACUGGUGAUAUCGCACGAGGCCGACCCGUUGUGGCGUAAUGCCGUGCUCCGUGGAGCACCUAACCUAUUGGCCUUGCGACACGUAAUGGACGAUGGAUCGGACGAAUACCGAGUGAUAAGACUGAGUAAAAGGUUUUUAAGCUUCCGUGUCAUAAAGCUGAAUCGUGAAUGCGUUCGAGGACUUUGGGCUGGCCAACAGCAGGAACUGAUUUAUCUUCGAAACCGAAAUCCCGAGCGCGGAAGCAUUCAGAAUGCAAAACAAGCCCUUCGCAACAUUAUUAAUUCGUCCUGUGAUCAACCUAUAGGAUAUCCUAUUUAUGUUUCUCCUCUAACAACGUCCUAUGCGGAAACAAAUCCACAGCUAUGCAAAAUUAUUGGAGGAGAAAUAACACUGGAAAAAAUCCAGCACCUUCUCAUCAACUGUUGGAAUCGAGUGCGGCAGCGAUGCCGCGAAGGGUGUAGUAGCGGAAGUGCAAUUAUAGACAACGAAAUGGGAGAAAUUCAAGGAGUCUAUAGCAAUACUCCCACUCCGAACAAUACUCUCUCCGGCACUGCUGGAACCUUAUCGUAUGGAAGUCAAAACAUGUCCCUGUCCGGUGCGGCUAAUCGUGGAAGCCUUGCUAGCAUCAACAAACCCACCAGUUCUACCCUUCUCGCCGGGUUUCUGAACAGGGAACGUGACUCAGAGCGGGAUACUCUUCGUGAUCGAGCAGGUGUCAUGAAACGCAACCUUAGCAGUAACAGCAAAGACCGGAUUGACCGUGCUCUAGCAGCCAGCAAACGUGAGUCUUACAAAGAAGCGCUAGCCGGAGGAAGCGGACUUGGUGUUGCAGUCGGAAGUAGCAACAAUUCUAGUCUGAAGCAACAAGAGAGCGUAGAGUCUACCUCUGGGACACAUGCCAAAAGCAAUGCUUCGUCUUCGAUGAAUCUGCACAUGACCCCAAACACUAGUCAGGCAGCUACCACUAGCGGUUCGGUAAUGUUUACUCUGUCACCACCGGGAGAAAGUCCCUAUCCAAUAUUCUCCACCAACGAAUGCAGCGGUGGUGCGGCAAGCGUAGAGCGGUCAGAUUCCAACAGCAGCAGUAGGGUCAAAGAAAACUUAUCGGAGGAAAUCGAACCCGAUCAAUCACAGUGCCAAGUGCAUUCGCAAACACAAUGGACCAAUACGUCGCCUGCAAUAGGUUUGAACAAGAAAGUCAUCAUAGUCGAUUCUUUGCAGAUCUACGACUGUCUGGAUCUUGGUCGCCGCAUAGACGUUAUUUGGCCCAACGAACAGUACCGCAGUUGUGGGGGUCGAUCGUCCUGGAAAGAUUGGCAACCCCAAGAGGGAAUGGUGGGCAACGUAAUCCACUACUGGCAGCCAAACCAUCCGAAUCAUCAUUUUCGUUCCAACGUCAACCGAACUAUUCUACUUGUAAAGAUCGGUGAACGUUGCGUACCGAUUGGUGAGAAGGGUAUCAAGGAGUACAACACCAUUGGGCUGAUGUCGGCCGGUGCUAGCACAUCCGGAACGGCUAGCCAAAGCAGUGGUUUAGUGAGCAAACAAUCCUCCCUAGAAGUAGCGCCAUCGGCUGCCGGAGCGGUAAGUGAAUCCAUUCUUAACCAUCCAGAUUCCCAAACAACCGAUGAUGGUGCACCCACUGAUACUACCAAACCGAGCCCAGAAUCGGCUAACGAAUAAUCCGGAACAUUCAAUUUCUCUCUUGUUUCUAUAAGUUGGGGUGUAACGCAGUAGAACCCGGCAUACCACGGAAAUUUAUUCAUAUUUAAAUGUUUUUAUCUCGAUAAACUCUACUCAGCAAUCGUUCUACUUUCAUCAUCCAGACUAAUACUUCAUAUACCAACCUACGUUUAAUGCGUUACAAAAUCAUUAAAAAUAAUUUAAAAUCGUUACAAUCUACACAGCCACACAAAGUUGUUCGAACGCAUCAGUUGAUAGUUUAUUAAUACCAUUAUUUGGGUUUUUGUCACCACCAUCAUCCCAAGCAACUAUCGCGGUUGAGGUGAUCUUCCUUUUUAACCUGAACUAGAACAUGUUUAAACAAGUUGAUCAAUUUUCUAUGUUAACUAAAAUUGGUGAACCAAUACUCGAAUGAACAAAAAAAAUCGUUGCGCUAAACUAUUUUACAUACAUACACACACGUUUGCGGGUAAGUUUCACGGAUUUAUCAUCAUCAUCAUCUGUUUUUGAUCUUUAACGAAUUGAACAUGUCUUAUGGUAGAUAGUAUAAUAAUAGAGAGUCGUUGUAAAAUCGGAAUAGCGGAACGCCGAACGCAAAGGAGAAAUAGAAAGUUUUAUUUUUGUAAAAAUAGCUGGUAUUAUCUAAUUUUGUAGCGGAUUUUAAAUAAAAUAUUUAAAUUUUAUCGCAGUACAAAACAGUGUGACUGAGAUUCGUUUUGUGUGGGUGCGUUGUAUUUCUUUGGGUGCACCAUGUGAUGCUGAGAUUUGUUGAGCGUUUGAUGAUUGACUGCGAUAAAAUGAUACUGCAAAAGAUAAAAAUGUGAUAAUAUAAAGUAAGCAACUUUACCUACAUUAAAUUUACUAUUCAGAUUACAUAAACACUGUAAAAAUCCUUGAUAAAAAAAACAUCGUUAAAUUGUUCGAGCGAGACGUCGAAGGAAAAGUUUAAAAAAUUACAAACCUAAAUAUCACGAUUAUAUUGGAAACAAAUAGUUUAUCCACUAUUACAAAUCACGCGUAGAUAGAAAUAUAUUGAAGGAAAAUAAAGAAAAACAAAAUAAACGAAUAGAGAGUUUAAAAGAGACAAACGUUAUUUAAGCUUAAUCAUUUCACGGUAAUUUGACGCUCGCUUUCGUUUUACGAAAAAUCUGAAACAGAAACUGUUUCGAAUCAGCAAACGAAACAUACAAAAUAAAAGAAAACAGGUUAAGCUUUUAAUUCCGA